AUGGCCAGAUGCCUGAGUUUCACAGGAUCAGCAGAUUGGCUGUACCGGAAUUUUUUCUCGUAUUCCGGGCUACGGUCGGUGACGACGGAUUUAGAGGACGGCACCAUCAUGCAUUGUUGGGCACCAAAAACUGUGAAGCCAACAAAACCUAAUCUCCUCCUCGUGCAUGGCUUCGGAGCCAACGCAAUGUGGCAAUACGGGGAUCUUCUCCGCCACUUCAUGCCCCGGUUCAACAUAUACGUGCCGGAUCUUCUCUUCUUCGGAGACUCCACCACAAAGCGGCUGGAGAGAACAGAGAUGUUUCAGGCACAAUGUGUUAUGAGAUUGAUGGAGAGGUAUGGGGUGCAAAAAUUGAGCCUGGUGGGGAUUAGUUAUGGUGGGUUUGUUGGGUACAGCAUGGCGGCGCAGUUUCCACAGGCGGUGGAGAAGGUGGUGCUUUGCUGCACCGGCGUGUGCCUGGAGGAGAAAGAUAUGAGAGAUGGGCUUUUUCAGGUGGCGGAUUUGGAUGAAGCCGCCAGCAUUUUGAUGCCACAAACGCCGGAUAAAUUGAGGGAAUUGAUGAAAUUUGCUUUUGUGAAGCCUGUUAAAGUCGUGCCCUCUUGCUUCCUUUCUGAUUAUAUCGAUGUUUUCUGUACAGAUCAUAUAAAACAGAAGAAGGAACUAAUCCAAGCAAUACUCAAAGAUAGACAAAUUUCUAAUAUUCCUAAAAUAAUACAGUCUACAUUGAUCAUCUGGGGAGAGCAAGACAGAAUAUUUCCAGUAGAAUUGGGACACAGACUCCAAAUGCAUAUAGGGGAGAAGGCCAAGCUAGUAGUGAUAAAAAAUGCAGGGCAUGCUGUUAAUAUUGAAAAGCCAAAGGAAUUCUCCAAACAAUUAAAAUCUUUUCUUGAGAGCUCGUCCAUUUCUCAGUCAUCUCAACCUCAACAUCCCAAGUAUCGCUUCUUGAGUGAACGGGCUAAGCAGGUUGGGAAGCUGGCAGCUGAAGUUCUAUGGCUGGCUCCGAAGAUGGCAGCUUGUGGCGCUUCGGAAGAAGCGGUUUGUAAAUGGGCUUCAGCUUCUAACUUGGCUCGGCUCUCUGUUUCGGCUGAGCCACAGCUUCAAGGAUCCUUAGUCAAGGUCUCGGCAUUCUUGAUCAAGCAAUCGAAAGACGUGAACAAAGUUAUAGAUGACAGAAACAUAUCAGAGCAACGAAGGCAAACAAAAUGA